AUGGACUCCUCGCGCAAGCGCCAGCUCAAUGUUGACGAGGGCGAUGAAUUCGGAACUCUGGCAUCUCUCUCGCGACCCAUUAGCCCUCCGCGCAAAAGGUUUCGUCAAGUGAAUGUGCAGAAGUCGCCAUGGCAGCUCACUCGAAUUCGAGAUGUCCCAGAAGAAUUGAAUAAGGAUACAGUUGCUCUAGGGGAUAUCCUAGGCGAUCCUUCCAUCACCGAGUGCUGGCAGUUCAACUAUCUCCACGACAUUCCCUUCGUGAUGAAUGCCUUUGACAAGAACGUCAGAGAUUCAGUUCAAUUGCACGUGGUUCACGGAUUCUGGAAAAGAAACGAUUUGAACCGUGUUAUACUUUCGGAGCAUGCAUUGCAACAUCCCAACGUACAUCUGCACUGCGCGCCCAUGCCCGAGAUGUUUGGAACGCACCACUCCAAGAUGAUGAUACUAUUUCACUCUGAUAACACCGCACAAAUCGUGAUUCACACAGCAAACAUGAUCCCAAAAGACUGGACCAACAUGACCAACGCGGUCUGGAGAUCUCCCAAGCUGCCGUGGAGAUGGGAGCUAGAUCCCAGACUACAGCAAGCACAGCAAGCUCCCUUUGGUAGCGGGAUAAGGUUCAAGGCAGAUUUGUUGGCCUACUUGAUGCAAUAUGACUCCCAUAGAGUUACUUGCAAACAGCUUGUAGAUCGUCUCGUCAAUUUCGACUUUUCCAGCAUACGGGCAGCCCUGAUUGCCAGUGUUCCAGGCAGGUACAACUUGUAUGAUACGAGUAGCCCUGCCUGGGGCUGGACUGCGUUAAAGAGAUGUUUACAAACUGUACCCGUUGAAACCGGAGAGUCGCAAAUUGUGGUUCAGAUAUCUUCCAUUGCGACUCUUGGUGCCAAGGACGAUUGGCUGCAAAAGAUUUUGUUUAACUCGCUAGCCACGUCCCGGAAUCAGGAUACGAAGAAGCCAGACUUCAAGGUCGUCUUCCCCACGGCGGACGAGAUCCGGAAUUCAUUGGAUGGAUACGCUUCCGGGCAAUCGAUUCACACCAAGAUUAAAUCGGCGCAGCAUAUCCGGCAGUUGCACUAUCUACAUCCAAUGCUGCAUCACUGGGCCAACGACAGUGCAGAUGGAGUGGGCCUUCUUGAACAGCCGCCUAUUAGCGGCGAUAGUGGGCGAAACCGUGCGGCCCCGCACAUCAAGACAUACACCCGCUUCAACCAGAACAAUUCGAUUGACUGGGCCAUGCUAACAUCGGCAAACAUGUCAAAGCAGGCGUGGGGCGAGGCACCCAGUUCCACCGGGGAAGUUCGAAUCGCUUCCUGGGAGGUUGGGGUGUUGGUGUGGCCGGGGCUGCUCUGUGAAAAUGGGGUCAUGGUGAGCUCGAUAUUGCUGUUUCUGUUUCCCACGAGGCUGCUGGCUGUUGUUUGUAUGUACUCAGACCACUAUACCACCAUGAGUCCCGCUGCCGGUGGUAACCCCGGGCCGUCUGGCCAUGAUCCCCUAGCCUUUCCCUCUUCGUUCCGCUCCGGAUCUCCUCUUGCGGAGCAAGUGCUGGCUCAAGACAUUGCAGAGUGCACCGAUGACGAUUUCGACCCUGCCGACGACCAGAUCGACGCCGAGCAUGGCCAUCACUUCAUGUAUCGCCGGCCUAGCGGCGUGGCCUACGGAGCAGCUCGACCUGCUUUCAACAACUCAAGCGGCCUGGAAGAGCCCAUCCUGACACCACUAGAGCGGAAGCAAUCUCGCGACGCUGAGCGCAGUCUCCUGCGAGAUAACCACGUCCUGCCGCCGAAGCAUGCCCACAAGAGCCAGUCACUGCCCGCUCGAAUGUACCGAAAGAUCUUCAGCACCAAAGUCCCUGUCGACGAGUAUGAAGAAGAGGAAGAGGAUGCGCCGCUGCUCUCCCGUGACAGUGACCACGACUAUGGCACACGAACACGCCGACAGCCAUCCAUCUCUGCGGGCGACGAUGAUGUGGAUGAGCAGUGGGAGGAGGCUAUAACAUCGGGACGGAUUCGCACGACAUGGCAGCGUGAGGCCAAGACGGUCUUGUCCUACUGCGGGCCGCUGAUUGUGACCUUUUUCCUCCAAUACUCGAUCAACGUGGCUGGCAUCUUUGCCGUUGGCCGCAUUGGCACCAUAGAGCUGGGAGCUAUUUCAUUGGCCAACAUGUCGCAAGCCAUCUCCUGCUUGGCCCCUUUCCAAGGCUUGGCCACAAGUCUGGAUACCCUCUGCGCUCAGGCUUAUGGAUCCGGCCACAAGCAUCUUGUCGGCUUGCAGUGCCAGCGCAUGGCAUGCUUCCUGCUGACCCUCUCCGUGCCCGUCAUCAUCCUGUGGCUUUUCGGAGCGGAACCAAUCCUGCAGCGGAUGGUGCCCAAUCCAGAGUCUGCUCGACUUGCCGCUCUCUACCUUCGAGUCAUGAUCUUUGCGAUUCCCGGUGUCAUCCUGUUCGAGUGCGGCAAGCGCUUUACACAGUCGCAGGGUCUCUUCCAGGCAACCACAUAUGUUCUCCUUUUCGCCGCUCCCUUCAAUGUCUUCCUCACCUGGUUGCUCGUCUGGAAGCUGGAGUACGGCUUCGUUGGCGCGCCCAUUGCCGUGGCCAUUACAGAGAACAUCUUGCCGGUUCUCCUCUUUUGCUACGUCCGGUUUGUCAACGGCCGCGAAUGUUGGGGCGGCUUCAGCAAGCGAGCACUUAACAAUUGGUGGGUCAUGAUCAGACUGGCGCUGCCGGGGAUGAUCAUGGUUGAAGCCGAGUGGCUCGCUUUCGAGAUCCUGACGCUAUUGGCCAGUCGCUUCGGAUCCGAGUAUCUUGCCGCCCAGAGCGUUGUGUCGACGAUUGCGUCCAUCUCGUACCAGAUUCCUUUCCCCAUGUCGAUUGCCGCGUCUACUCGCGUUGCCAACCUGAUUGGCGCUGGGCUUGUCGACGCGGCCAGAGUUACUGGCAAAGUGACGUUUGUGACGCACUGUAUCCUCGGACUCGUCAACUUUUGCCUCUACAGCACUCUUCGAUUCCACCUGCCGCUGCUCUUCACGGAUGAUGAGACGGUUAUUUCCAUCGUGGCCAGCAUUCUGCCUGUUGUCGCCGUCAUGCAGGUUUUCGACUGUAUGAGCGCCGGCGCGCACGGAUUGCUCCGUGGUAUCGGCAAGCAGAGCAUAGGCGGACCAGUCAACCUAAUCUCAUACUAUGUCGUCUCGCUGCCCAUCUCACUCGCAUUGGCCUUUGGACUCGGCUGGAAGCUGCAGGGACUAUGGGCCGGUGUCAGCGUGGGCCUAAUCUUGGUCUCAUCGAUCGAGUAUACUUAUCUGCUCAAGACCGACUGGCACCAAGCGGCCCGAGAGGCUGCCGCCAGGAACGCAGCGGGCUAGAAGCCGCGCCGUGGCGUGCGUUUACUCAUCCCAGGUCCUCCAUUUACGGAACUACAGGCCGUGUCCGACGUAUCCAGCAGGGAAGAAAACGACAGUGUAUCCGCCGCGUUGACGACUCAGAAGCAGCAGGACAGUAAUUUGUUGUGCGAGGAGAGCUUUUGCUUCGCGAUCCAUAGAAUUUGGGAAGCGGCGGAAAGGAAGCGCGUGAAUUGAGUCGAGGGCCGUCCGUAGGUGAAUUGGUAAUAAACAACACAAGUAGCUGUAGGGAAGCCUUGAGGAAAGAGAGCAUCUAGAUGGUUCCGAAUACUUAAGGAGGCGGGUAGCAUUCCUCCAUGGUUUUUUAUAGGGCAUGUUUAGGUAGUUACAGGAUCACAAAAAGGCUUGCAUUGUUUUUGUU